AACUUGAUUAAUUAUUUGUCUUCAAUCUUUAAGCCAAACUCUGAAAAAAGAUGCAUCACACAAAGACCGAUUCCGAUGCCACAAGUCUCACAGCGUCAUCACCACCCCGAUCACCACGCCGACCUGUCUACUACGUCCAAAGCCCAUCACACUCAACUCCAGCGUUACUCAGCCCAACCGGUUCACCACCCCAUUAUUCUCACUCAUCUAUAGGCCACCAUUCUCGCGAAUCAUCUUCGACACGUUUCUCUGGGUCCCUUAAACCACACGGGUCAGGCAAAAUCACGCCGAACGAUAUCGCGUUAAAACGUUAUUCGAAAACUUGGGAAAUUGAUGAUCAUAAUUUAAAACAGUUUCAUAAUUAUCAUGAUACAAUAGAAGAAGAAGGUUUGCUUGAUGAAGUUGAAUAUAAAAAAAACAUUCGUAGGAGAUGUUAUGUUUUGGGAUUUGUUGUGUCUUUUUUGGUCUUGUUUAGUUUGUUUGCUUUGAUUUUAUACGGUGCUAGCAAGCCACAAAAACCUAAACUUACUAUGAAGAGUAUAACAUUUGAGAGAUUUGUGAUACAAGCCGGGUCGGAUUUUACUGGAGUGGCGACGGAUAUGGUGACCAUUAAUUCGACGGUUAAAUUUACUUUUCGUAACACCGCAACGUUUUUCGGUCUGCACGUUACAUCUACGCCGAUUGAUUUGUCCUUUUCUCAAAUUGCACUUGGAACCGGAACUAUAAAGAAGUUUUAUCAAUCGCGAAAGAGCCAACGACUAUUGAGCGUUCCAGUGAUGGGGAAUAAGGUCCCAUUAUACGGAAGUGGUCAGGGCUUGAAAAGCUUGAAAGGGAUACCAACCGCGCCCGUGCCAUUGAACCUAUCCUUCGUGGUUCGAUCUAGAGGUUACGUUUUGGGUCAAUUGGUCAAACCAAAAUUCUAUGACAGAGUCGAAUGUAAAGUUGUUUUUGAUCCUAACAAGAUCAAUGUUCCUAUGUCACUUAAAAAUAAUUGUAAAUUAGUGUGACCAAUUCUUUAGUACUUUUUUUGGUCAUGAGGGAGUGGUAUACAGCUAAGUAAGUAGUGGCCUUUUUUUCCUUCUUUUUAAUAAUCAUUAAAUGUGUAGAUUUUUGGACACGGAAAUAUGUAAGAUAUAUACAGAUUGGGUUGACGUUGGCA